AUGCAGCUAUCGCCUCCUGUAGAUUGGGACGUCUCCGGCACAACCCUCGAGAGGUUGAUGUUCCACCACGUCAACCGAUGUACUGUCCCGGAUUUCGGAACCGCCACACCUCUCGCCAAGUUAUGGAGCAACUACAUCCUACCACUGGGCUACUACUCCGACUCGGUAAAGCACGCCAUCAUUGCACUCGGCGUAGCUCACAGGGGAUUCCUCGAGAACCCAUACUUUGAUGAACAACCUUCCGAAUCCGCCCUAGCGUUUAACGAUCUAGCCGUGAGGCACUACCGAAAGGCUGUCUCAGAAACGAUACAGAUCAUGGCCGAUCCGUCACCCGUCAACAUUCGAAUCACGCUCAUCUGUUGUCUAGUAUUCGUUUGUUACGAGAUUGUGCGAGGUCAAUACGACAAGGCUAUCCAGCACUUGAGAGCUGGGUCCAAAGUUCUCGAGUCGCUCCACCAAGCGGCAAUAUCUAAUCAACGCGACCCCUUGUCCCUGUCAGCCUACGACAGACAGCUAGCAGACACGGUCAAGAAACACUUUGGCCAGUUGUGUGACAUCACAACCAUGUUCACAUGCGUCGGCAUGGACACCUCAAUGCUCAUUGAAGACGAGGUUGUCCCCGACCUAUCUUACUUCACACAGCCAGAACCCGAAGACGAGCGCAACACACCAUUUGAAAACGUAUCCGAAGCUCGGCACCGGCUGCACUUUGUCGAAUUGACGUUCUCAGACGCCUUUGAAGACAGCUGGUUUUGCGAAUCCGAUAACUGCUGGCACUCAGGCCCCUCGGCUUGCAAUACGCCGGAGCCUCCGCAAGAGGUGCAAGACCAGCAAAAGGCAGCGUGGGAUGAGGCAACAAGGCUUUUCGACAUUUGGUGUUGUCGCUUCGAUCUGCUGCAGGAGAAUUUGCCGGAGAUUCUGGAGCCGGCGGAUCUGAACGAGCUGAAAGCGCUUCGCUUCUCUCGCAAGAGCUGGGAGAUUUUCAACGCUCAAGAAGGGCCGUGUGCCAUGAAGAAUAGCAACAUGGCCGAAUUGCACGGGCUCGUUGACAUGGCCGAGGAGGUUGUGGCCAGCAGGGAGGGACUUCCCCGACCAAUGUUUGCUCUCGCGGCAGACAUUGUUCCCUCGCUUGCGUACAUUUGCGCCUUUUGCGACAAUGUUGACCUCGAACGGAGGAUCGUCGAUGUUCUCCGUGGCAUGAAGCGAAGGGAGGGCAUGUGGGACAGCCGGGAACUGGCGAAUCUGUAUGAUCUUGUCAUCCAGGCCAAGACUGGCAACCAGUGGAAGGACGAAUACAACUGGGAAACACUACCAAGCCUUGCGAGAAUGAUGGCAAAUCUGUCUUUGUCUGGUUCGGGUGAUCGAGCAGGACCGCCGAGUCCCUUGACUUUGCUUUGA